GUAAUGGUAUAAAUAAGGAGAGAGAAAAGUGUCGGUGAGAGUAGAUGGAUAGCGAGAUUACAAGACUGCCCAUUUUUAUUCCAUUUCACCUCGCAACAAUGCUUUAAACCCUGCAUUUGUUUGGAUAGACAUAAAUAAAAAUGGGUGUUGAUUUGAGACAGGUGGUGGCUGGUAUACUCACUCUCACCAUGUUCGUCAUGCUGGGCAAUAUGAUCAAAAGGGACCAUUUUGAUUCCGUUGAAGAGAAAUUCCCGGGAGAUGCUGAUUUUGAUAGCGACGAGCAUGGGCUUGUGACAUUUGCCAAGUCCAGCAAGGGAGCUUGGAGGGAGGACAGUCCCGAGCUUAAACCGUGUUGGAGCAAAUCAAGUUUUGAUACGUUGCAGCACUCCAAAGGCUACCUCACUUUCUCCUUAACUAAUGGCCCAGAAUAUCAUAUCUCCCAGAUUGCUGAUGCAGUGGUGGUUGCCAAAUAUCUUGGAGCAACCAUUGUGCUCCCUGACAUUAGAGGAAACAAGCCUGGUGACGAGAGGAAGUUUGGAGAAAUAUAUGAUGUGGAGAAAUUUGUCCAAAGUCUGGAUGGUGUAGUCAAAGUAGUAAAUGAUCUACCUGAUAAUAUAUCACUUCGAGAUUUUGCUGUUGUAAAGGUCCCUAAUCGAGUUACAGAAGAUUACAUUACAGAAUCAAUAGAACCAGUGUUUAGAACUAAGGGCAAUAUAAGACUGGCUACUUACUUCCCCUCAGUAAAUAUGAGGAAGACUGCACAAAAAAGUGACAGUGAUUAUGUUGCAUGUUUGGCUAUGUUUGGAACUUUAGAGUUGCAGGCAGAGGUUAGGGAAGUUGUUAACUCUAUGGUUGAGCGGCUGAGGACUUUGAGUCGCAAGUCGGAGGGACAAUUUAUAGCUGUGGACUUGAGAGUUGAGAUGUUAGAAAAGAAGAGUUGCCAGGGAAGUGGAAGUGGUGGAGCAAAAACAUGUUAUAAUGCUCAGGAGAUAGCCCUAUUUCUAAGAAAGAUGGGAUUCGACACCGAUACCAAUAUCUACUUAACUCAGUCAAGAUGGGAUGACAGCCUUGAUAUUCUCAAGGACAUUUUUCCAAAAACUUACACCAAGGAAAGCAUAAUGCCUGAAGACAAAAAGACAAAGUUCCUUGAAUCUGAAGAUUCAGAGUUUGAAAAGGUAAUCGACUUUUACAUUUGUUCUCGGAGCGAUGUCUUUGUACCAGCGAUAUCUGGCCUUUUUUAUGCAAAUGUAGCUGGUAAGAGAAUAGCUUCUGGUAAGACACAAAUACUUGUUCCAGCUGAAAUCCCAGGUUCCACCGCCUCUGUUACCAAUCAUUUCUCCCCAUACAUCUCCAAGAAAAACCACUUGGCAUAUUCAUGUUUUUGCUAGUAUUAUCUAUGCGUCGCCGAAGGGGGAAAAACAACACAGCUUUUACAAUUCAUCCCUGUUGAGCUCUUCUUCGACGCCUAGUUUUCAGAUUGUGAAUCAAACCACUCAAGUCUCUAAUUUAAGACGAGUUUUUGAAUGCCAUUCGAUACUGCAUUUAGCUUUCUGUCGGUGUUGCCUGAUACAUAAUAUUCAAGAAUUUGUCAAUGUUUAUUGUUAUACAAGUCGAUUUGUUUGCUGUAAGUCUGUAGGAGUACGUAGUGUUUUGUAAGGUUUUCAUACUUUUUGACAUUUGAAUUGUUAUCCUGUUGGUAAAGUUAUUUUAUAUUAUGAUUUCUA